AUCGUCUUCGCUUUACGCGAUAAUUGGCUCCAGCUGCCUAUACACUUGACACGCGCCAGCAGGUUUACAACAAAGCAGCGUCGUCGCGCACGCUACUCAUCAAGUUCGAUGCAAUGUGCAUAGAGCCAUCCAAACUAGCCUGGAUGACGUCGCAAACGCUUCAUCUCCGCAGCCUACUGACGUAGUCUAACGAUCUCGUCAUUCCAUUGCGUCUCUGUCUUUCAGUCACCCCUGCCAGGAAUCUACACGUUCAUAUAGACGACCAUGGACAAACUCAAAAAGCUGUUCAAGCACGACUCGUCCGACUCACACACUGAGGCUUCUCAUACCAAGGGAGGAGCAGUGCCGUCGUCGACAGAGUCCGCGCAAGCCCCCCAAAUCAGCAAUGCCGCUGCCGUCGCGAUCUCAGAAAAGCCCUCAGGCGUGCUCAUGACGACCAACUACGGCGACAUCACGAUCGCCCUGUACAGCGACAAGACACCCAAAACUUGUCAAAAUUUUGCAGCUCUCGCCGAUGCCGGCAAAUAUAACAACGUCAUCUUCCACCGCGUGAUCCCGGGCUUCAUGCUCCAGGGUGGAGACCCUACAGGCACCGGGCGCGGCGGCGAAUCAAUCUGGGGCGGUAAAUUCGAAGACGAGUUCGACAACUCGCUCUUGCACACUGGUCCUGGUGUUCUCUCGAUGGCGAACAGUGGACCGAGAACAAAUGGUAGUCAGUUUUUCGUCACCCUUGCGGCUACGCCGCAUCUGAAUGGAAAACACACGGUGUUUGGGCAGGUGGUGGAUGGAAUGGAUGUUGUAGAGAGAAUUGGGGCUGUAAGAACGGAUGGAGGCGAUAAACCACUGGAGGACGUAGUCAUUCUCAAGGCGCAGUCGAUCAAGUAGCUUUGAAUCUUGUCAAAGACGCCAACUGUUGGAUGAGCUCAAUGAUCUGACUGGGCACCUUCUGCUCACCGGCAUACUGGACUAAACCAGCCCAAUUAACUACUUCCUCUGCACACGGCCAACACCUACCCGGCCAGAAGCUCGAAACGCUGGUCUCCAACGCUGCAAACAGUUGGUGAAAGCGUCCUGCAUUGGGCCAUGAACAUAGCUUUACAUCUCGCGUUAUGGGCACGG